AUGGGGACGAGUGAAGACACCACCGAAAUAUUGGUGCACAUCACAGCACCUAGCACUGCAGCAGAUGAUGCUAGAUAUCGAGCAUUGGCCCUGGCAUACCUGCAGUUCGAACCAAAAACAACGGUCAAUCUCCCCGAAGGCCCAUCCUCAAAGCCCAGUGCUGUCCCUCCAGACGUGUUGAUAUCCCCACAAGCAUCGUUUGGGAGCGUCUGGGAUAAUGUUGGGUCACCGCACCUGGUGGCAAGGAAUCAGCAACUAGCAUCUUUAUCCAAUGUACAGCCUUCCAUACCUCCUGCAUCGUCUCAAAUCAGAGAUAACUCCCAGCCAUCAUGGGUCCCCCCACCAAGCGAAGUUCCGGAUUCCAUGCCGGACAAUGAUAUCAGUGUUCCUGCAUUCAGUACUCCGACGAGAGUCUUGGGUUACUAUCUCCAAUCUACGGAGCAUCUGUCCAUAUCUUCAGCGGGGAGUGUUGUCCAGGCACCCGAAGGUGGUAGAGACGCCACCCAUGACGACCUCACCCGCGCGGCAGCUUCAGAGAGCCUGCUUGGUGGCGGGGCAGGUCACAAUUCACGGUCGUUUGCCCAUGAGCGAGACAGACCUACGUGUCAGGCUCCGGAUUCUCUUGAGGCCGUGGGCGAUGUUAACGAUACGACAAAGGAUCACGGUGCGGACGAAAUGCACUCCAAUAUUGAUGCAGCCAGAGAAACGGAAGACUAUGGGAUAUCAAUCUCCGAUCUGCUACCAGCCGAUAGAUCUGCAUCUCUUUCCAAAAUCAAUGAUUGGACUCAUGAAACCCAGCUGAUAUCUACUGAACCCGCUGUGGCCACCCACCGCCUUGGGCCUAGGGCACCCCAGCACUUGGAGAGGCUAGCAGCAACUAUGAACAUCAAAGGAAGAUACCAGCCGAAGUAUCAGGCCAGAGACAUGCUUCCUUUCGAGAGGGGCUACUGGCUAAUGAAGCUAGACGGAUGGGAAUUUGAGAAAAAGGUUGCGACAUGGGGCUUCCUUGGGAAUUACAUCCGCCGGGAGGGCAGGGCGGGAUGGGGCACCAGGGCCUGUCGUGACGAGUCGUGGGAUUGGAUAAGACUCUAUGGUUGGGAACACAUCGCUGGGGAGCUCUACAUGCUCCUGUACGUGGCCAGCUAUAGGAAGCUCAAGUACAUGGAGAUGACCUUCUACGGAGCGGCGGGGAACGUCCUGAUCGUUGUUGGCCCCAGAGGCACAGCAUCAAAUCUCGCUUGA